UCCAAUUUCUGUGAGUUUAUCAACACAACAGCUCAAAAUUAUAAAUUGAAUCUUCAUAUCUUUUCUUCUCUGUGUGUGUUUGUUGAGAUGGGAGUUAUGAUUAUACCGCGGUAAUCUAUACAUUUUUUGUCCAUAAUACUCACAAAUUACCAGGUAUUGUUGGUUUUUGGGAUGAACAGAGGAUAUGCAAAUGAGAUGUAGGGUACCACUGGCUCUGCUGAGUUAGCGCACAUAAUCGCUCUCUGAUUUUGAGUUCAGCGCGGGAUUUUCAGUAUUUUGAUGUAUUGCUUAGAGAAAGAGAGUGAUUGUGUCUGAUUCAAAAGCUAUCCAUGACUGUAUAGAAGCAAUUGCCCCGAGUAAUGGCGUUUCCGACUGUUGCCACUUGUGCUCCGCAAUAUGGAUUUUGGUUUUGGAGAGUUAGCGGAGCAGCUUGUUUUGUUCCUCCGAUGAUAUGCUUGUUGAAAUGCUCCUCUCCGAUGGUCAAGGUGCGAAGAAACUCGAAAUCCUUGCAUUUCCUAUGCGAAGGGAAGCAAAUGACAGAAGAGAAAUCAAGUCUGUUGAUUCCGCGGAGUUUCAAGCAAUUGCGCAAUCAGUGGCCGGAAUCCGUCCAACGCCCUACGGAGGUGGAUAAUAUCAACAGCGAAAAUUUCACCUGCGACAGUGUGGAAGAUGAGGUUGCCGACAGGGGGUUAGUUGAGAAGAAUAUGAAUCCGAAUCCUGGAACUCAGAGGUACUUGGUGGCGAUUGAGUACAUCGGUACUCGAUUUUCCGGUGCACAAAAACAGUCCAGUGGUAGAACUGUUGUUGGUGUUCUUGAGGAUGCUUUUAAAGAAUUUAUUGGACAGCCAGUUUCCAUUUUUUGCUCGAGCCGGACUGAUGCAGGAGUUCAUGCACUGUCAAAUGUAUGCCAUGUUGAUAUUGAGAGGAUAAGCAAAAGAAGACCUGGCCAAGUGUUACCACCUCAUGAACCUUUAGUAGUUAAAAAUGCUGUCAAUCAUUUUUUACAGAAGAAUGAAGGUGAUAUAAUGGUGACUGAUGUCCGGUGUGUUCCAGCUGAUUUUCAUGCUCGAUAUGAAGCUCGGGAACGCACGUACUUCUAUAGAUUGCUGUCAGGGAAGGAGCCUUUGGCAAUCUUCGAAAAAGACCGGGCUUGGCAUGUGCCUGAGGAACUUGAUCUUUUGGCAAUGCAGAAAGCAUGCCAAGUGCUUGUUGGGCAUCAUGAUUUUAGUUCUUUCAGAGGUGCUGCAUGUCAGGCUAAGUCACCCAUCAGAACUUUGGAUGAACUAUCCGUUACUGAGGUUGCUUCAAGCCCAUAUUUUCCUACAGUAUUAGAGAGAGAACACUGCAUUAAUGGGAUGGAAGGUUCAUUAUCAAGUUCAUACAAUUCAGAAGCUGUUGUUCAUUCCGUUUCCAGCACGUCUGAUCAUCUACUCAAGAUAGAGAAUUCCAGUGAAGCGGCUAGUCAAGGAUUUGGCACAAGGAAGAGGCACCGUUGCUUUGUGGUUACUGCACGAGCACGCUCUUUCCUUUACCAUCAGGUCAGGUUGCUUGUUGGGGUUCUGAAGUCGGUGGCAACCGGUGAUCUCACAGUUUCUGAUGUUGAGCGAAUCCUCAUGGCAAAGAAUGUCGCUGCUGCAAGGCCAAUGGCCCCUGCAUGUGGUCUCUACCUCGGACAUGUGAAGUAUGAUCUGCCUUCCAAUUGACGACUG